UCCGACCCUCUAUUAUUUUUAUAGAGCUUAGAAUUGAAAAGUUUUCAACGCAAUUCCUCUUUUAGAGACGCAUGAAAAAAUAACAUAGAUCAACUGACAAUUUCUGUGUUAUUGUAAAUAGCGAAACAUCCCGUGACGUGAAUCUCUGCACGUUUAAGCUGCCAUCUCUAAGAACAAUUUCAAAUUGCGGUACUUUUCAAUUGGCGUAAAUAAGAAAUGGCAGACUUACCUUAUGCCACCUGUCCUUACAAUAAGGAGCAUCGCAUAUGGAAACUGAGAAUGCCGUCCCAUAUAAUGAAAUGUAGUAAAAGCUAUAAAGGACCACCGUUAGCCAUUUGCAAGUACAAUGCUACACAUCGUGUUCCGCCUUCGGCAAUGGAAGAUCACUUGGAAGAGUGCUCCGAUAAACAACUGUUUCAUUCAUAUGAAAUUGGGCAGAUAGCGUUGUAACAUCGCCAGUCCACAAAAAGU